AUGGCACCAAGUAACAAAGCUAUAACCGUUACUUGCAUCUGGAUGCUUAUAUGUAUCGCUAUUAGUAAUGCUGUCGAAAGUGACAUCAAUUGCCUUAGAUCAUUUAAAGAUUCAGUUCAAGAUCCAGAAAACGCCUUAUCUACAUGGGAGUUCAAUAACCGCACCGAAGGAUUCAUCUGUAGGUUUACUGGCGUUGACUGUUGGCAUCCCGAUGAGAGUAAGGUUUUAAAUAUCCGCCUUCAGGAUAUGGGACUCAAGGGUACAUUUCCUCUCGGACUUCUUAAUUGUACCUCGAUGACAGGAUUAGAUCUUUCUAGCAACCACUUAUCUGGAACGCUCCCAGCCAACAUAUCCGAUAUUAUAUCGUUAGUGACAACUCUUGAUCUAUCGUCAAACAAUUUCUUCGGACCGAUUCCUAUGAUGCUUUCUAAUUGUACUUACCUUAAUUCCCUAAUUCUAGAUAACAACCACUUUUCGGGCCAGAUUUCUCUAGAAUUAGGUCAGCUCACCCGUCUUAAGGAGUUUCGUGUUGCUAACAAUCUCUUCUCUGGGCCGAUUCCCACUUUUAGAAAUGCUACUAUCGAACUCAACUAUGGAGGUAAUCUGGGGUUAUGUGGCGGUUCUUUGGGGGCUUGUUCAGAAAGCAAGAAAAACCGUAUGGGUGUCAUUGUUGUGGUAGCUAUUAUCGGUGGUACGACUCUUGCGACAUUUCUUGUAAGUCUGGGAAUGAUGAUCUUUAUGACUAAAGUUGUCCGAAAGCGGAAAGUUGAUGAUCCUGAUGGAAAUAAAUGUGCCAAGAGUAUUAAAGGAGCUGAAACCAUCAAGCUUUCUAUGUUCGAAAAUCCUGUUUCUAAUAUGCGAUUGAGCGAUCUGAUGAAGGCGACCAACAGCUUUAGCAAAGAGAACAUCAUCGGAUCGGGAAGAACCGGGUGUUUAUACAAAGCUGUUCUCGAAGAUGGCAGUUCGCUUAUGAUCAAACGAUUGCAAGACUCUAAGCAUUCGGAGAAAGGGUUCCAAUCGGAAAUGGCGAUGCUCGGGAAAGUGAAGCACCGAAAUUUGGUUCCUCUUUUUGGGUUUUGUGUGGCGAAAAGGGAACGACUUUUAGUUUACAAGUACAUGGCAAACGGUAAUCUCCACGACAAACUUCUUCCCGUUGGCGAUGAUGAGAAACGCCUGGAUUGGCCUUCGCGGCUAAAAAUCGGAAUCGGUGCAGCCAAAGGGUUCGCGUGGGUCCAUCAUAACUGCAACCCUCAUAUGCUUCAUCGAAACAUUAGUUCAAAAUGCAUCUUCCUUGAUGCUGACUUCGAGCCAAGGAUAUCGGACAUCGGGCUCGCUCGGCUCAUGAAUCCGGUUGAUACCCAUUUCAACAAUUUUGUUAAUGGCGAGUUUGGUGAUUUGGGAUACGUGGCUCCUGAAUACGUGAGGACGCUCGUGGCGACACCAAAAGGCGACGUUUAUAGCUUCGGGGUGGUGCUUCUGGAGUUGGUAACGGGUGAAAGGCCGACCCAUGUGGCUAAAGCUCCGGAAACAUUCAAGGGGAAUUUAGCCGAGUGGGUGACUGAACUAGCAGCGGAAUCGAGACUUCGUGAUUCGAUCGACGAGUCGCUGGCAGUCGAGAAGGAUUACGAGAACGAGAUGUUCCAGCUUCUUAAAGUGGCGAGUCGGUGUGUGGUGCCUGCUCAUAAGGAGCGGCCGUCGAUGUUUGAGGUGUACCAGCUGCUACGAGCCAUCGGUGAGCAUUACCAUUUCACGAUGGAUGAUGAGGUGUUGAUGAUGCCGUCGGACGAUGGUGGUGAUGCUGGUCAAAUAGAACUCAUCGUUGCUCGUGAUGGAAAGAAGUAACCUUGAGAAC